AUGGAUCUGUUAACAUUAGUCGAAGCGAAGAACAAACGCACACGUGCAAAGGCCGCCUUGACGAGGUUAAAAACCUUUAUGGAAAAUUAUAGCGUGGAAUCAGGGUCGCGGCACGAUCUUACUGAACGCAAGGUUAAGUUGACCGAAUUAUGGGGUCAGUUCGACGUCGCACAAUCGCGAGUAGAAACACUUGAGAACGAAGACGCCGAAGACAUUGACCGGGACGAACUCCUCGAUCAACAAUCUUUACAAAGAGCAUCCUUCGAGGAUCCGUAUUAUCAAGUGCUGUCGAGUUUCAAUUCCGCUCUUGAAUCUUACAAUCCUCCCCCCCCUCCUCCACCUAUUAUUCCCACAGCUAGUGCUGAUAUCCCAGCGGCCGCGGCCAACCGGGAGUCGCGUGUUAAAUUGCCAAAAAUUAAGCUUCCAAUCUUUACAGGUGCUUACGAAGAUUGGUACACGUUCAAAGACACAUUUGAAAAAUUAGUGCAUGAUGAUGAAGGAUUAACAGAGACCGAGAAGUUCCAUUUUUUGCGCUCUUCGCUAAAGGACAAGGCAGCGCAAGUCAUAAGAUCUAUUGAGACCUCCACCGACAGUUAUAGAGAAGCAUGGGCGGCGGUUAAGGAGCGUUUCGACAACCGACGCUGGAUUAUCCAAAAACACGUCCGAGCUAUAUUCGAGGUACCGGCGCUAACCAAAGAGAAUCAUGUUAAACUGCGUGAGCUAUUAGAUAACACCUUGAGUCACUUGCGUGCUCUUAAAGCAAUGAAAAGACCCACUGAUUCGUGGGAUGACUUAAUCAUUCACGUUAUCGUCUCCAAACUUGAUACUGCGACUAGUAAAGUUGGGAAAUCAGCUUGGGAAAUCAGUGUUCCCGGCCAGGACGUCCCAACCUUAAAGUCUUUGACAGAUUUUCUUUCCGCACGGUGCCAAGCUCUCGAAACAAUUUUUAGCAAAUUGUCAGUUAGCCAAUCCUCUACAAACAAUAAAACAAGGUCUUCCUCUGUGUCAAAUCUCGCUACAUCUAAUGUGUCGUGUCCACAGUGCAAAGAAAACCAUCAGUUGUACCAUUGUGCGGCCUUCCUCAAAUUACCAAUUGAAAAAAGAGUUCAACUUGUAAAAAAGGCCCAUCUAUGCAUAAAUUGUCUUAGAUCCACAGCACAUCAGGCUGUGUCUUGUACCUCGAGCGCCUGUCGCAAGUGUGGAAAGAAGCACAAUACAUUGUUGCAUUUUGCGAGCGCAGCGGAUGCCGGCGGGGCAUCUGCUUCAAACGAAUCUAACCCUCAGGAAGCUGAGAAUGUUACCUUACCUGUCGUCACGCAAUGUUUAUCGACUCAGCAUUCUUCGAGCAUCAUAUUGUCAACGGCUAUUAUAGGCGUAUACGAUUCAAACAACGAGAUUCACUCUUGCCGCGCUCUAUUAGACAACGGAUCGCAAAUAAAUUUUAUAACACAGGAUUUCGCUGACAAAUUGCAUCUCCGAGAACGCUCAGUCGAUGCGUCGAUCUCCGGCGUAGUUCAAGGAGUCUUACAAGCAAAACGUAUGAUAAACGUGCGUAUCAAAUCGCGGUUCAAUAAUUUCGUCGAAAAUAUAGAAUGUCUAAUAUUGUCAAAGAUCACUCAGCCGUUACCUCAAGGUUUUAUAGCCAAACAAAAUAUUGUCAUACCGAGCCACAUAAAGCUGGCUGACCCUAAUUUUAACGUCCCAUCCGACAUCGAUAUGUUAAUUGGGGCUGAGCUAUUUUGGAGAUUGAUUUGCGCGGGCCAAAUACGAGCCUCUCGAUCUCAGCCAACCCUACAAAAGACAGUCUUGGGAUGGAUUGUUUCCGGCCCGACCACGACCAAACCUUUGGCUCCUCCAGUUGUUAGUUGUCUGGCAGUGACUGAGGAUUUGAAUCGAGCGAUUAGUCGAUUUUGGGAGCUUGACCAUCUCAUAACCUUUCCUGAAACAUCGCCGGAAGCACAAGCUUGUGAACAGCUCUACAAGGAUACAGUGAGGCGUAACAGUGAGGGACGUUUCGUGGUCCGAUUGCCCAUCAAGUCAGACAAAUUAAAGGAUAUUGGAGAUUCUGAGGAGACGGCCACCCGUCGCUUCAAGUCUUUGGAAAAGCGUCUUGUAAAAUCACCCAAGCUAUACUCAGAUUACAGGCAAUUCAUGCAGGAGUAUUUGCAACUUGGGCGCAUGCGUGAGGUCACAGAUCAUGUGAAACCUGCUGGCGCAAUUUGCUACUUUCCCCAUCAUGCGGUCUACAAAGAAACCAGUACCUCAACUAAAUUAAGAAUUGUUUUUGACGGCUCAUGCAAAACAACCACCGGAAUCUCAUUGAACGACGCAUUGAUGGUCGGUCCUACGAUCCAGGACGACCUCUUUACCAUACUAGCCAGAUUCCGCACCUUUAAAUACGCUCUCACGGCGGAUAUUACGAAAAUGUACAGACAGGUACUCAUCGAUCCCAAUCAAACUCAGCUGCAGCGCGUACUAUCGCGCGACUCUGUAGAUCAACCGAUCCGUACCUUCGAGCUUCUCACCGUCACAUACGGCACAGCGUCCGCUGCAUUCUUGGCGAUUCGAUCCCUCCGGAAGUUGGCGGAAGAUAGCACCGACAAAUAUCCAAUUGGUUCCAAGAUAGUUUUAAGGGAUUUCUACGUAGAUGACCUGGUUACCGGCGCGGAUACGCUACAAGGCGCACUUUCCAUCAAGGAAGAAACAUCUCGGCUAUUACGAGAAGGGCAUUUCGAAUUGUGCAAAUGGGCGUCCAAUGAACCAACUCUUCAUGGCGACUUGCAUCAUGAAAAAGAAUUCAUUACCUCCAGCGAUAAGGCAUGCGAAACAAGAGCCUUGGGUCUAGUUUGGAACUGCGCUGCCGAUCAGUUCAGAUUUUCCGACAUCGUUCGCCCGCCACGUUUGUCUACGGCUACCAAAAGGAGUAUUCUGUCAAGGAUUGCCUUAGUAUUCGAUCCGCUUGGGCUGCUUGGUCCUGUUACUGUUACUGCUAAAAUCAUCAUGCAGGAUCUUUGGCGUCUCAAAAUCGAUUGGGAUGAAUCCAUUCCGUUGGAUAUGGACAGCAAGUGGAAACAAUAUGAGGCUGAACUAACGUCAUUAAAGGACAUUGCUAUACCACGACGAGUCAUUACAUUAGACAAACCUGCCGCUUUGGAACUUCAUGGCUUUUCAGAUGCUAGCGAGCUCGCUUAUGGCGCAUGCAUCUAUUUACGCUCAACUAACGACGAUGGGACGCAUUCUACUCAGCUGCUCUGCUCAAAAAACCGAGUAGCUCCCUUAAAGAGUUUAUCCAUACCACGCCUAGAAUUGUGCGCAGCGCUACUAUUGGCACGACUUGUCGAUAAGGUCACAAAGGGAUUGGUUCAUGACGUGAAGUCAAUAUACUUAUGGACUGACUCCACAAUUGUUUUAGCCUGGCUCCAAUCUUGUAGCCGCACCUGGACCUCGUUUGUCGCCAACAGGGUUGGUGAAAUUCAGCAUCUAACUACCACUCGCGACUGGCGCCACGUUAGCAGUCAGGACAAUCCCGCCGAUGUUUUAUCAAGGGGAGUCAUGCCAAGUUCUCUCCGACUGACGUCCCUAUGGUGGUCGGGACCGCCAUGGUUGAGUCUCAAUAAAGAAGGUUGGCCAAGGUUUCCUGACAUCGUGGACGAGAGUCAACUUCCCGAGCGCAAAGCCACCGCCGUUGCCGCACUUGCCAUCGCAGAAUCAUCAUUCGACAUUUUCGAACGAUUUUCAAAGUUCACGAAACUAUUAAGAGCUGUAGCCUACAUUUAUAGAUUUUAUAGUCAGUUGAAGCGGCGAACCAAAAUAUCGAAAGAUACGCCAUCACAUCCAACCAAUGAGAGGCAUCAAUCCAUUUUGCCUAACGAAUUGGAACACGCGGAACAAGUUCUCGUAAAAUUGGUGCAAAAUUCUAACUUCUCAACGGAACUAGAACUGCUCUCGAGCCAACGGAACCUUCCCAGGCAUAGCCCAGUGUUAUCAUUAAAUCCAUUUAUCGAUCAAGCAGGAAUCUUGAGGGUUGGUGGUCGCCUUAAACUGUCGCAACUUCCAUAUAACGCAAAAUAUCCAAUGCUGCUGCCAGGACGUCAUCCUUUAUCUACUCUCAUUAUCAAACACGAGCACGAGAGACACCUUCAUGCCGGCCCCCAAGCCACCCUGUCGGCCAUUCGUCAGCGUUAUUGGCUUGUCUCCGCCAGAGAUGCGGUACGUCGAAUCACGCGUAAAUGCGUGAUCUGCUUUAGAAGUUCGCCAAGAUCUGCCUCUACGCUCAUGGGAAAUCUUCCCAAAUCUAGAGUAACCGUGCCCGCUCGGGCAUUCGAAAAAUGUGGAGUGGAUUACGCAGGUCCGUUCUACUACAAGGACGGACCAAGGAGGUCUGCUAAACUUCUCAAAUGCUACAUGGCCAUUUUCGUUUGCUUUGCUACAACAGCUGUUCAUAUUGAGUUGGCUGCGGACUUAUCGGCUGAAGCUUUCCUGAAUGUUUUAAAACGCUUUAUCUCCAGAAGAGGAUACCCAACAGACAUUUUCUCCGACAACGGUCUAAACUUUAUAGGCGCCGAGCAUGAAUUGCAGGAUUUGGCUGCAUUACUCAACACUCAAGAAACUCAACGAAAAAUUAUAGAUUCCAUGGCAGCCAACAGAAUCAAUUGGCACUUUAUACCUCCUCGAGCCCCUCAUCAUGGUGGUCUCUGGGAAGCUGCCGUCAAGAUUGCCAAGCGUCACCUCUUUCGGGUAACUAAGGAUGCCCACUUAAGGUUCGAAGAACUGCAAACCUUGCUCAUCCAAGUUGAAGCUAUUUUAAAUUCUCGACCCCUCACGCCUUUGUCAUCCGAUCCUGCUGAUAUCUCUUCACUGACACCAGGACACUUUUUGGUGGGCAAUUCUCUGACCUCCUAUCCAGAGCCUUCUUUAGAAGAGCUACCUAUGCAACGUUUGUCUCGAUGGCAGCAUGUCGAGCAACUACGCCAACGAUUUUGGCGACGAUGGUCGCACGAGUAUCUUCAUCACUGUCAGCAACGAAGCAAGUGGAGAACCGAGCAAGAUACUGUACAGAUUGGCCAGUUAGUCCUCUUAAAGGAAGAUAAUGUACCACCGCUAACCUGGCCUCUCGCCAGAAUUAUAGAACUGCAUCCUGGUAACGAUAAAAUUGUUCGCACCGUUACUGUCCGUACGAGUAAAAGCGUUUUCAAGCGUCCUAUAACCCGUCUAUGUAUUCUUCCUAUCGAAACUAAUUAA